AUGCACAGGGUGACGAGGCCAAAGGCAAGGAGCCGCUACUCGUACUCGUUUUUCUACAGCGUGUCGCCGGAGAAAUGGGUGGAGCCAUUGCCGGAGUUUACUGACCAACUUGGAGAGCGCCCCAAGUAG